AUGAGUCGGCAAUACAAUGCGCAGAAUCAGUUUUUUGGUCGCGAUCCGCUGAAAGACUUGGAUCCGGCUAAGGUGCUAGCAGACGAACGUAGACGAUGUUUGAGCUCACUAAGCUUUGCCACCAUCGAUGCGCGACGUCAGGACAUAGCCACUGCUCACCAAGACACGUGCGAGUGGAUUUUCGAAAUCUCGCAGUUCCAGAGGUGGUGUGACAGAAGCGACCUCCAGAGCCACAACGGGGUGCUGUGGAUCAAGGGCAAGCCGGGAGCAGGCAAGUCAACGCUGAUGAAACACAUCUGGCAGAAUGGCUCACAGUUCUUCCGGGACCACGUCACUGUGGCAUACUUCUUCAAUGCACGAGGUGAAAAGCUCGAGAAGACGCCGUUAGGCAUGCUGCGCUCAAUAACGUGCCAGCUGCUUGAGCACGAUCUUCUAUACGAACGCUUUCUUCCCCACUUCCGCGACAAGGAGGAAAAACACGAGAGAUGGGAAUGGCGCGAAGCGGAGCUAAAGGAGUUUCUACGCCUGCAGGCAAAAACACCGCAGUUACAACCGCUGUUGAUCCACAUUGACGCCUUAGACGAAUGCCGGGAAGCUGACGUGCGGGAAGUUGUCGGUUUCCUCGAAGAGAUGAGUGUGUGUGCCGUCAAAGCCAACGUGACUCUCGACGUAUGUCUAUCGAGUCGCCAUUAUCCGACUAUUAGCAUGAAGAAGAACCUUGAUCUUAUUGUAGAGGAGAUUGAUGAACACGACUGUGAUAUUGCUCGAUAUGUCCACGACAAGCUCAGGGGACAAGACAAAGACAUCGAGGCCGAAGUCUUGCGCAAAGCAGGGGGGGUGUUUAUGUGGGUCGUACUCGUGGUGGCGAUGCUCAACGAAGCGUACGACGAGGGCAAGGUGGAAGCUAUGCAACAGAAGCUUAAUGAGCUGCCAGGCGAUCUUGAGGAAGUGUUCGACACUCUUUUGCACAAAGAUAACCCCGAUAAGCACGAGACGAUAUGUCUGCUGCAAUGGGUGUUGUUCGCGAAGCAAGCGCUGAGACCAGAAGAGCUGUGGAAGGUUGGGGUUGGGGUCCAGGCAACGAUCGUCAGGCGGGCCGUUGGGAAAGUAGCAGGCAUUGCAACCCCUCGGGAUACACUCAUUAAGACUCUCGUAAUAUGUACCAGCACAGAGGGCUGA